UCUGUGCCUGUCAAAGAAGGAAACACGAAUUAGCCGUUAUUUUUGCUAUGGAUCAUUGUAUUUCCUUCCGUAGUCACAUAUUCAUAAACAUCAGUGUGAGAUGUUUCAUACGGAAGUUGCUAAAGAAAUUAGCGAAAGUAAGCGACAGGCCUUGACUUAUUUUAAAAUAAUACAUGUGUCAUUCUGACCGUUCUUUAUUAUUGGAUUCAAGCAUCGUGUAAGAUACAAUUGUUCAAAACAAACAGGACUACUCGGAAUUUUCUCUUUACAGUCUCUUACAAAACCACAUUUACUCUGCGAAUGAGUUCGAAACUCCGAAUGAUAAAGAAUUGAUUGGUCAAUAAACUGUUAUGAUUGCUCAGCCAUGUAACCUUCAACAAAGCAGGUGGUUAAUAAAGUGACCGAUGACUGUGUGAAAGGAUGCAGCAUGAGGCAGGCUGGAAAUGGGUGGGUGGGGUGGAUGGCAGAGUCACGGUGAACUCAUCUCACUACAAAACAUUAAACUAUGGAGCGGGGAGGAAGGAAAGGUUCGACAAACUCGUGCUGUGUGUGACAGGACAACCCACUCCGUUGACUGGAGUGACGUCAACAGCAGGGCCAAGUCUCGCGGGUGACGAGUAUGUUCGUCUGCUUUCGUGACGGGUAUGUUCGUACGUGCUUCCUGUGCUGAGUUGCCUUGCCCAUUGCACCACCCCUGCUUUGUGAAACUGCAAACUGACGGGAUGGGAAACCAUCAUGUCCACGUGGUGUGCACCUCGUUGAAUGCAAAGAUCUUCAUCGUGACCUUCAACAAUUCUGACGUCUUGUACUGGUACUACCGGGAGCUGCGUCACGUGGCCCGGAACAAGAAAAUCCGGGUGUCUGGUCUCAACGCAGGCGGGUACGUCAAGGUAGGCGUGAUCUAUGGCGGCGUGGAGAACAACAAGAAGUGCUUCUACGACCUCUUCCAGGUGCGCGAUGGUUCUACACUCUUUAUCGAGGCGGUGUCACCAGUCAACGGCGUUCAGUCUUGGAGCGUCAUCCCCGAAGGAUGUGCGAAGCUGCUGGACUGUGGGCUGACAAUCAGCUUGAAGCCUGACUCGUUCCAGCUUCUCAAUGGCGACAACGACAACGACAACCCUAGCGACGCAGACACGGACGACCCACAGCCUCUGGUUCUUCGCAUGCAGGAAAAUCAGCAACAGGAGGACGACGCGAUAGACGGCGCCUUCGGGGUGGACACAAUGUCGCUCCUGCCGCCUCUCCUACCGCCGCCAGAGGAGAACAAACUGCGAGCUAUUCUCGCGCCUCUCGUCUCCGCGUCCCGCCAGACACACCCCUCCCUCGUGCCCUCUGAAUGCCAGGCCGACGAAAUGGCAGGGUGUGGAAAUGGUCGGGAAGAAAACUCUUAACACGAUCUUGGAUCCAAAGAAGACAUCAGACUGUAAGAUAAAAAACACGCCAUUUAAAAGGCAGUCAUGAACAAUUUGUGCAUGUAAGGUAGUCCUUGAUAAAACAUUUUAUUACAUAUAAAUUCAGCAGGUAUUUAUUGCUUGACAAAUUUAGUUCUGGAUGUUAUGAAAUGACUUGAGUCUCAGUGAGCAGACGAUGCCAGAAUUAUUGGAGGUCUUCAGAGGUACUAAGUUACAAAAUGGGAAACAGAAAAGACCAGCUAACUGCAGGUUUCUUGGCAAAGCUGAAACAGUAGUGAGUUUAUUUAUUGUAUGGCUGUUUGCUUUUUGAAGCGACGCUCAUGUAUGUCAAGCGCAUGGCGAUUAGCGCGGAAAAAUAUAAUUUUCAUGGUGACCA